UUAAAUAAGAGCAUCUUCAAUGGUAAAAAUUUUUUUUUCAAAAUAUAAAGAUAUUCAAAUUUUUUUUGAAGCAUGUUCUCCAAUGGUUUGCUUCAUUUUUUUCGUUAAAAAAGAAUAUUCCAAAUAUAUUCUUUUUUUGUUUUAUCAUUAUUUAUCAAAAACAUCUUUUACUUUUGCUAGUAUACUAAUUUUACCCAAAUAUUUUAUUUUAACAAUAUUUCACCACAAUUGCUAAUUAAUAUUAAAUAAAAAUUAUCAUAUAAUAUUAUUAGUACACAUCUCCAAUGGUAUCACUUGUUAUUAACACCUUGGAAAAAGGAAAUAAAAACUAUUGGAGAAAUUAGAGAAAACAAGCGCACAAAUAUAGCAACAUUUGGAGAUUCAAAACAAGAAUUAUGCUUUGAAAAAGUUUAGAGAAGAGAACAAAAUUUUAUUUCAUGAUUUGAACUCCAUAUAAGAUCCUAACGUUAGUGCAUACAUUCAAUAUGAGCACAAUCGAAUUUUAGUAGAAAUGAGUGAACAAUAACAAGCUCAACAGCAUUCUGAAACAGCCACUUCAUUUGGACAAUAUUUUAACAAUCUUAGUGGAUAUGGAAAUGAUUUACCAGAUUAUUAAGUGUUAGUUUAUGAUGUGCUAAGUUUUUUUUUUAUUUAGAUUGAUGUUUAUUAAGUCUUUCAACUUUUAUAUUAUUUAUGUAAUUGUGUUUCAUCUAAAUAUUAGUAAAAAAAACAUUUUUCUAGUAUAUUUAAUAUUUUAAAUUGAUUGAAUAAAAAUAAUAAUAAAAACUUUAAAAGUAUGUUGGUAAUAUUAGCUCUUACAGUUUAUUUAAGUAAAAACUAAGAACAAGUUAAAGUUGAGGGAUCAAUAUGUAAUUAAAAAAACUGUAUCUUCAAAAAAUGAAACACCAAUGGAACAAAAAAUGAAGCAAAAGGUAAAAAAUGAAGCACCAUAGAUGCUCUAAUAAUAUAUAGUAUAAAUUUUAUAAACUAAUAUUCGAUAAAUUAAUAAAUUUUUCAAAUUUCAAGUUGGAUCAAUAUAAAAUAUGAAAUAAUUAAAAUAAUAAUAAUAUGUUAAUGAACCAUACAUUUUUAUAAAAAUAAUAAUUGUAAAACAAAAAUAAAUGAUUCAUUUGUUAAUUAUUACCUAUGUAAGAAUAUAAAUUAUGUUAUAUUUAUAGCUUUAUACGUUCAUGAUUUAUUUUCAUAACAUCUCUGUUUGUAUAUACUGAUCCAUUAUUUAUCAUUUUAUUGUUAGUUUAUAUUUAUUUUAAUUAGAUUAACCUAACUUUAACCGAGCAAACAUCGCUUUUGGUUUUGUGUGUAUAAAUCGAAAAAGGGUUGAAUGGGUACGACAAAGGCUUUCAUUCAAAGAAACAGAGACCAAAACACACACAAAAAGAGAGAAGGCGAAUUAAAGACAAAGAUAAUGUUAACAUCAAGGGCAUGGAUCAUCGCUUCAGGUUUGGUCGGAGCUAUAUCACUGAUGCUCCGAUCGGUGUUGAACUUCUCCUUCACCGGAUUUCAUUUCUCUCUCCCUACUUUAAACCCCCUCUUCAUCAUCAUCAACGGAAUCAUCUUCGCUCUCGCAGCCUCCUCUUCUCUCUUCGGCCAUGGAUCUGACUCUUCGGCCACGGAGCAUAACCACGAUCAUGAUACAUAUCAUCACUAUGAACAUGAUGACCAUAACCAUAACCAUAGCCAGAACCAUGACCAUGACCGUUCUUGGAAUAACUCAUCAUCCGACUUUUCGUUUGAUCAAUACAACAAUAAGGUUCAUGAGGUAAAAAAGUUCCCGGUGAAGUCAGAGAAGUCAGAGAGUGGAGGAUCUUCUAGUAAUCGUAGACCGGUUUCAUCUCCGGAAAUUCAAUUUCCGUCAAAGGCGCCGGAGAAACCUACUGGACCCCGACGUCCACCUGUCCCUUUAAAGACUUUUCCACAAGAUGACAAGUCGGGUGAUGAGAGCGAGACCAUGGAUGAGAUGUGGAAGAGAGUCAAAGCCGAAAAACAACCACCGAAAUCUAACACGGUUCAAGGCCACGUCAUUUCAAGAAACGGCUCAAGAAUGUCCACAUCGUCGUGUCCAUCCCCGUCGCGAGCGAGGAGGCCUCCUUCAUCGUCCUCGGGGUCGGGAAAGAAGUUGAUGGAUAGAAUUCCGUCGUGGGUGAAUUUGAAAAAGGAGUUGUCAAUGGGAAGAGAUGAGCUAAACUCACGAGUCGAAGCUUUCAUUAGAAAAUUCAACGAUGAGAUGAAAUUGCAAAGGUUGGAAUCUUUAAGACGUUACAAACUUUUCCGUCGUCGGAGCGAGGAAGAGUAAAAAUAAUGGAAGGAGCUACCAAAAACGACAGUGCAUUUUCAUACUGUUUUCCUUUUUGGUAAGCUUUGUUUCAUCCACACUCCAUCCGGUUUUAGUUUGUAUAAUCUACUCAAAUAAAAAAUGUUCAAGUUAAUAUGCAACAUUCGACGACGUUGUAAUCAUUGUCUAGAAGUUUAGAUGUGCAUGUAUAUGUCUUGGCUUUAGAUUUGCGUUUGGUAGUGUAAGAAAAUGUGUUUUCUUUAUUAAUUAAUUAAUUAUGUAAAAAAAUUGGUAUAAAACAUGUAAAAUCGUGUGCCACAUUCAUUCUGA